AAAAUACUACUAUUGUUAAUUCAUUCCAUCUAUUUCUGCAAUGGAAGGUCUCUGUUUCGAUGCCCCAUCUUACUCCGAAUACAUGGACGACUUGAACUACAGCCAGGGAUUCUAUGUGACGCCGAGCAAAGACGGUUCUUCGAUGGUCGGAGCAAUCCGUCGUGCCGGAGAAUGUUCCGCCGCCAGCGAGCAUUACGUUAGGGCGGAGCGCGCGGCUAGGUUUGCGGUGGAGGAGCACAACAAUGCAGCCGAAGGUGAAACCGGAUUGCCGUUGAAAUUCGUGAGUAUCGUGAACCUCAACUUGCAACCUUCCGCCAAAGUUAUCUACUACAUAACUAUGGAGGUAGUGGAUACCGCCGGCGAGAAGAGCCAUUACCAGGCCAAAGUGCGGGAGAAUCUCUGCAGCAGUUACAGAGUCUAUAUCUUCAGAUCUGCACCGUACAACUUGAAAUCUGCAGAUAAAACUGAAAAAAAUCUAUGUUGCACUGUGGUUGAUAACUUGCUACCAUGGAUGGAUGAGAGCUAUUUAUACUACAAGGCCUUUUAUAAAAUCAAACACGAGAUUUUGGGCAUCGAAGUGAUGCGUAACGAGAACAGAGGUGUUCUGUGGUUCAAAAACCGUGAAGAAUCGAAGAAGCUCUUGAAGAGUUACAUUGGAAAAGUGAUGCCAUGCACUAAUAUGUCACGUGAGUUUGCUCUGAUUAGUAAUUAG